CGAAUAACAACCCAGAACGAAGAAAAAUGUGGAUAAGUGCAUGUAAAAGGAAAAACAAAGAUGGUACUGCUGACUGGAACCCAACUGGAAAAAAUGUUUAUCUCUGUGGGAAACAUUUUACAACUGGGAAACCAGUAAAAGAUCCUGCACAUCCUGACUACAUACCAACUAUAUUUGUGUAUACACAAAAUGAUUCAGAAAAAAAAAAUAGAAAGAUUCGAGUCAGCCAAAAAAAGAAGCCUAGCAAAAGCAAGAACACCCGUCGCACCAAAAAAACAGCGUACCUUAAAUUUUGUUUCACCAGGAAAGCCACCAUUACAGCAAAGUAA